AUGAUGGGAAAGAUCAUCUUCUACGAGGACAAGAACUUCGGUGGCCGUCACCAUGAGUGCAUGAGUGACUGCGCUGAUCUUCACUCCAUGUUCAACCGCUGCCAAUCCAUCAGGGUGGUGAGCGGUAUGUUCAUGAUCUACGAGCGCCCCAACUUCAUGGGACACCAGCAUUUCCUGAGGAAGGGAGAGUACUCCGACUACAUGCGCAUGAUGGGAAUGAACGAGUGUGUCAAGUCCUGCCGCAUGAUCCCCAUGCACCGUGGUAACUUCAAGAUGAGGCUGUACGACCGCUCUGACAUGGGAGGCCAGAUGAUGGAGCUGGAUGACGACUGCCCCAACUGUAUGGACCGUUUCCGUAUGUCCGACUUCAACUCCUGCAACGUGAUGGACGGCCACUGGCUGAUGUACGAUCAGGCCAACUAUAGAGGACGCCACUACUACCUGAGGCCCGGCCAGUACCGUAGAUACAACGACUGGGGAGGAAUGAGCUCCAAGAUCGGCUCAAUCAGGCGCAUUAUGGACCUCUAA